CCUUAUAUAUUCAUUGACUUGGCCCCAACAGCCGGGUGGGGCAAAAGAAUUCCAGAGAUUCACCAAGAUGUCCCCUCUAAAUGUCCCAUUUGUCUGUUUCUGGCCCAUAUCCCUUUCCCUCUUAAUUAGUACGGGUGUCAGGGAUAAUGGGGAGAUGGAAGAAAUAAAUCAGCCAUGGUUGAGUGUCGGAGUAGACUUGAUGGGCUGAAUGGCCUAAUUCUGUUCCUAUCACUUAUGAACUUAUGAAUGUCUAAAAGACACAGGCAUGUGUCCAUGAUCUGUGAUUCUAAUUAAUACAGAAGGUCAAGACUAAAUGUUGCCCAGGAGAUACAUAUAGGAGGGUUAUAGACAAAGUUACAUUUGACAACGUGAAGCUCACGUCAGCAUUUCACAAUUGCAACAUCGUCAAGAUAUGAAUAGAUCGAGGAGCGUCAUCUUGUGUUGCCGCUCGGUACAUAAGUAGCCGCGCUGUGUCCUUUGGGGGUUGUAUCCAGCAAGGCUCGGAAGAGAAGAUGUGCAGGAGUGUGGCAGGACUCUUGUCUCUGGCUGUGCUUGCACUAUGGGUCACAAGCAGUUCCUGUAUCCACGAUUGUUUCUGCCCGGAACCUUCCCAUUGCCGGCCUCUGUCCGCAAAUAAACGCUACCCAGUCGAGCUCUUUGCAUUUCACGGUGGAGGAAGAGAUUGGAAGCAUUACGCCUGGUCAAAGAUCACGACUAUUGUCACCAGUGGAGUAUAUGACCAUGACCUUCUGUGCCAUGCUCACGCACACAAAGCUCGAGUUGUCACGGAAGAGGAAAUGUGGAAAGAGGACAUGUUUGACCAUCGUUUCCAAGCAUCUUGGAUAAACAAGAGAUUGUACGCGGCUCAAGAAAGAUAUUUGGAUGGAGUUCAUGUGAUAUUCAGAUCUGUUGUUGACGCUGCAUUUUCUGCCAAACUGCCCCAAAUGGUUCAAGAGAUCAAAAUCAAGUUUAAGCAAAGCAUACCAGGAUCUCAGAUCUCAUUUCACGCUCCUUGGAAUUGUAACGCCAGUACUACAAUUUGCUCAAACCUUGUCUCAGCUUCCAAAUAUGCCGAUUAUAUACAUGUGGCCUCGUUUGAUGUGCAGGUGUAUAUGUGGACACAAUGUUUUGCAAAUGCAAAUGCUCCCUAUCACCACUCCCAGACAGGAAUCUACAGUUAUAUCAAAAAGGGCGUUAAUUCCAAGAAGAUAAUAUUGACCGUUCCAUGGUUCGGUUACGAUUAUACUUGCAAACGCUUUAUUGAGGCAGGUAGAUGCGAAUUAGAGAAUUUAGCUUUUAAUGGACCGCCGUGCAGUGGUCGCAGAAAUCCCAAGAUCCCGUACAAAAUGAUCAUGCAACUUUUGUCCAAGUCAAUAUCCGGUAGGAUUUGGGAUGACGACCUGAAAGCCCCAUUUUUUGUCUACAAGAUAGGUAAGGCAUUCCACGAGGUCUGGUACGACGAUCCAGAGAGCAUUUCAUUGAGGACGACUUUCUUGAAGAAGUUCAAGUUGGGAGGCAUUGCCAUGUGGAAUGCAAAUUAUGUCAACUACAGUUCUGAUCCUAUUGCUGCGAUGAAAACUGAAGAGAUGUGGAACGCUCUCUGCCCUCCCUGAGAGAAACGCCAAGCUUACAGUCAUUUCAUUGUCAUCAAAUGUGACCAUUACACUUUGCAAUUAAACUUGGCUUUGAGUGAGCUAACACGGAACACACACACAAUUAAAAUAUUAAUGCAGAUCUAGGGAUUAGUGCUUUGUCUAAACAAGGAAUUAUUAUCCACUGAAUAAAAACAAUACAACUAUAUAACUCAUCCCUUCCCAACCAAACCACCCCCUCCCAAGGAACCUUCCCCUGCAGCAGCAGGAGAUGCAACACCUGGCGCUUUACCUCCUCCCUCGACUCUGUCCAAGGACCCUUACAAUCCUUUCAGGUUAGGCAAAGAUUCACUUGCACCUCCUCUGAUCUCAUUUACUGUAUCCGUUGUUCCAGAUGUGGACUCUUAUACAUUGACGAGAUCAAACAUAGACUGGGCGAUCUUUUUGCUGGCCACCUUCGCUCAGUCUGCCUGAACCUACCUGAUCUCCUGGUUGCUGGACACUUUAAUUCUCUUUCCCAUUCCUACAGACCUUUCUAUCCUAGAUCUCCUCCAUUGUCAGAGUGACGCUAAUCAUGAUAAUUGCUUGUUUCUAAGCUAUCCCCCAGUCUAGUUUCAGUAAAAACACGGAAUCAAGCACUUGAAUAACCAAACUUUAAUUUACCAAAAGCGCGUCACAGAUCACACACUGUACCUAUCCGCAACGAGGGUUCGAUCCUGUGUCUAUCUGUUUAAGCCCUCUAGGCCUUGCGCAGACAGAGACACUCCAGAAGGGUACACCGUCCCGAGCGUUCCUCUAGCAGAUUGACCCUGAGCCACUUGAUCACGGCCUUUUAUAUGCCCCACGAACCUGAGGGACAAACCACAUUGGGGUUGUCUCUUAAUCACCCAAUUACAAAUAUCGAUUAACACCAUACAUAACGGACAUCAGAUUCAGAUUCAGAUUCAAACUUUAUUGUCAUUGUGCAGUGUACAGUACAGAGACAAUGAAAUGCAUAGAAACAUAGAAAAUAGGUGGAGGAGUAGGCCAUUCGGCCCUUCAAGCCUGCACCACCAUUCAAUAUGAUCAUCGCUGAUCAUCCAACUCGGUAUCCUGUACCUGCCUUCUCUCCAUAUCCCCUGAUCCCUUUAGCCACAAGGGCCACAUCUAACUCCCUCUUAAAUAUAGCCAAUGAACUGUCCUCAACUACCUUCUGUGGCAGAGAAUUCCAGAGAUUCACAACUCUCUGUAUGAAAAAUUGUAAGUUUCCCCUUUCUAUAAGAUCCCCUCUCAAUCUUUUAAAUUCUAACCAGUACAAGCCGAGUCUAUCCAGUCUUUCUUCAUAUGAAAGUCCUGACAUCCCAGGAAUUAGUCUGGUGAACCUUCUCUAUACUUCCUCUAUGGCAAGAAUGUCUUUCUUCAGAUUAGGAGACCAAAACUGUACGCAACACUCCAGGUAUGGUCUCUCCAAGACACUGUACAACUGCAGUAGAACCUCCCUGCUCCUAUACUCAAAUCCUUUUGCUAUGAAUGCUAACAUACCAUUCGCUUUCUUCACUGCAGUAGAAAUUUCCCUAACCCAAUGAUAUAACAGUUCAAUACAUUGUAUUCAUAACGGACUUCGAAUGAAGUCAACUUAGCUAAAUGUAUCCUGAUUACCAGAACUGUCAGACAAGGAUUAACACCCCAUCCAAUAAACAUUCAUCAGAGUCAGAUUCUGCAACAUUAUUUACCAGCUAUUUACAAAGUGUAGGUCUGGUUUGCAGCUACCCAGUCCAUUCUAUGCAUUUAGUAUCAGAUUCAGAAUCAGAAUCAGAAUCAAUUUAUUUGUCAUUUGGACCCCUGGAGGUCCAAACGAAAUGCCGUUUCUGCAGCCAUACAUAACACACAAAUAGACCCCAGACACAACAUAAUUACAUUUAACAUAAACAUCCAUCACAUAACUGUGAUGGAGGCCAAAAAAAACUUAUCUCUCCACUGCACUCUCCCCCCCCCCCCCGAUGUCAGAGUCAAAGUCAUAGCCCCCGGCUGGCGAUGGCGAUUGUCCCGCGGCCAUUGAAGCCACGCCGGGUGGUGCGAGGUCGCACACCGGGUCUUGAUGUUGGAACCCCCGGUGUGCGCUCGCAGAGUCCGCGGCCAUUCCAGCCGCGCGGGGCAGCGGUGCUAGGCCCCGCUCCAGGAGCUCUUCGACCCCGCAACUCGGGCGUUGACAAGGUUUCCUAUUCUUUGCUUGCAAAUUGUAUCUAAGCUCCAGACUCUCUGGCACCUCUCACAUCCUGACCCAGCUCUGCAGAGAGCAAUCCCAAUUUAACCAAAUCUCCCAGCAAACCCUGAAACUUAACCCCAUUUUGAAGUCCUGACUGGUCCAAUUUAGCCAGGAUUAAUAUUCCUUCCUUUUAUCAUUAUGAUAACCCCUCAUAAAUGAUAACUAAAGUGACUUAGUAAUCAGCUAACCAGACAUACAUCUGUGUGCUGUACAUUACCCAUCCAUCAGUAACACAAGAUGAUGUUGUAUCUUUUUGGUUCUAAAAAAAGAAAGGCUUAAAGUAACCCAACACCUUCACUCUCUGUCCCUGAAAACUUCAAACAAAGCCAGAAAUCUCGGGGUUAUUAUGGAUUCAGAUUUACAUUUCGACAGUCACAUCAAAUCAGUAACAAAAUCGGCCUACUAUCACCUCAAAAACGUAGCAAGAUUAAGAGGACUCAUGUCAGCUCAAGACUUAGAAAAACUUGUACAUGCCUUUAUUACUAGUAGGCUAGAUUAUUGUAAUGGUCUCCUUGCAGGUCUUCCGAAAAAAACUGUCAGGCAGCUACAGCUUGUUCAGAACGCUGUUGCUAGAGUUCUAACAAAGACCAAAAAUUUUGAACACAUUACACCAAUUUUUAUUUUUUUAUUUUUAUUAGAAGUACAGUAAAUUACAGUAAUACACAUCACAUAUGUCUUAUUACAUUUGUUAUACCACUUUGUUUUUCCAGCUUUAAAAAAGGUAGAAAUAAAAGAAGUAAGGAAAGAAUCGUGAAGGUGCAGGAAAGUGUUGGGAAAAGAAAGCCCCUUAGGGAAGAAGUUAGAGAAGGAAGUAAAGAAAGGAAAUAAGACCCUAGAAA